AUUCUUGUGAAGCAGAGAAAAAGCUCUGCUGCAUCUUCUCUACUCACUCGCAGCACUUUGCGAUUUUAUCUUCCCAAAUUUCUCAGUAAAUUGAAAUCUUUCAAGCAAGUCUCACCAGUGCUACUCCCAGUGCAUUUUUGGUUUCUACUCUUACCUUUUUACUCUCAUUGUCUGAAGUCACUGAAUCAGAACUCUCUUCUACGCCUGAGAUCUCUCACUCUGUCUCAGUCUUCUCUGAGAAUCUGAAGUUUUCUCCCGAGAAUCUAACUUUUUGUAAGCAACAAUGGCCCAAAAGGUAUCUCCAUCCAUGCAGUCUCUUAAAUCUUUGCCCGCAGACUACAGAUUUGAUGGUGAAAAUUCUAGUUUUGGCUUGACCAAUUCUAGUAUUCCAAGACAAGGCGGUUUAAGGAAUGGUGUUAGUCAAGCUGAUACUGCAGCUGGAGAUAGUGAUGAUUCACCAUAUAGUAGUAGGCAUGGUGUUUCUGUUGAAGAGCAGUCUUUAACUGAUGAUGUGGAGCCUGGUGCUGCUACAAUGCCCUUACCUCAGAAUGAUGAACGCAGGUGGAGCGACACUAGUGCAUAUGCAAGGAAGAAGAUACUGCAAUCUUGGGUUCAACUUCCAAAUGGUAACUGGGAGCUUGGGAAGAUACUGUCAACUUCAGGAGAAGAGUCUGUUAUCUCUUUGCCUGAGGGAAAAGUUAUGAAAGUUAUAUCAGAGACUCUGGUACCUGCAAAUCCUGAUAUUCUUGAUGGAGUGGAUGAUCUAAUGCAACUAAGUUACUUAAAUGAGCCAUCAGUGUUGUACAAUCUCAACUAUAGGUACAACCAAGACAUGAUAUAUACAAAAGCAGGGCCAGUUUUGGUGGCUGUGAAUCCUUUCAAGGAGGUUCCUUUGUAUGGAAAUCGAUACAUAGAAGCAUACAGGAAGAAAUCAAAUGAAAGUCCUCAUGUGUAUGCAAUUGCAGAUACAGCAAUUCGUGAAAUGAUACGCGAUGAGGUUAACCAAUCUAUCAUUAUCAGCGGCGAGAGUGGAGCAGGGAAAACUGAGACAGCUAAGAUAGCUAUGCAGUACUUGGCUGCUCUUGGAGGUGGAAGCGGGAUUGAAUAUGAGAUACUUAAGACUAAUCCCAUUUUGGAAGCAUUUGGAAAUGCAAAAACUUUGAGAAAUGAUAACUCUAGUCGUUUUGGAAAGCUGAUAGAGAUUCAUUUUAGUGAAAGCGGAAAGAUAUCGGGUGCUCAAGUUCAAACCUUCUUACUAGAAAAGUCUAGAGUGGUCCAAUGUGCUGAAGGAGAAAGGUCAUACCAUAUAUUUUACCAACUUUGUGCUGGGGCUUCACCUGCACUUAGAGAGAAGCUAAAUCUGACAAGCGCACAUGAGUACAAAUAUUUGGGACAGAGUAAUUGUUAUUCAAUCAAUGGAGUUGAUGAUGCUGAACGUUUUCAUAGUGUUAAGGAAGCUCUGGACAUUGUUCAUGUUAGUAAAGAAGAUCAAGAAAGUGUGUUCGCAAUGCUUGCUGCAGUGUUAUGGCUGGGGAAUGUUUCCUUCACCGUUAUUGACAAUGAAAACCAUGUUGAGCCUGUGGCAGAUGAAAGUUUGUCAACUGUUGCUAAAUUAAUUGGGUGCAACAUCAAUGAGCUUAAGCUAAGUUUAUCGAAACGUAACAUGAGAGUUGGAAAAGAUACCAUUGUGCAGAAGCUAACACUACCGCAGGCCAUUGAUGCAAGAGAUGCUUUAGCAAAAUCGGUUUAUUCGUGCCUGUUUGACUGGCUGGUUGAACAGAUCAACGAGUCUCUUGCAGUGGGGAAGAGGCGAACUGGCAGAUCCAUCAGCAUUCUUGAUAUCUAUGGCUUCGAAUCAUUUGAUAAAAAUAGUUUUGAGCAGUUCUGUAUAAAUUAUGCAAAUGAGAGAUUACAGCAACACUUUAACCGUCAUCUAUUCAAGCUGGAGCAAGAGGAAUAUAUCCAGGAUGGUAUCGACUGGACAAGGGUUGAUUUUGAAGACAACCAAGAUUGUCUCAGUCUCUUUGAAAAGAAACCAUUGGGGCUGCUUUCUCUUUUGGACGAGGAAUCAACAUUUCCGAAUGGCACAGAUCUGACACUUGCAAACAAGUUAAAACAGCAUCUUCACUCUAAUUCAUGUUUCAGAGGAGAUCGAGAGAAGCUUUUCACAGUUGUGCAUUAUGCAGGAGAGGUUACAUAUGACACAACAGGAUUUCUAGAGAAGAACAGAGACCUGUUGCACUUGGAUUCUAUUCAGCUUUUGUCCUCUUGCUCCUGCCACCUUCCUCGAGCGUUUGCUUCUAGCAUGCUGAUCCAAUCUGAAAAACCUGUAGUCGGUCCUUUGUACAAAGCAGGUGGUGCUGAUUCCCAGCGGUUGAGUGUAGCUACCAAAUUUAAGGGUCAACUAUUCCAAUUGAUGCAACGUUUAGGGAACACUACCCCACAUUUCAUUCGUUGCAUCAAGCCAAAUAACGUUCAGUCUCCAGGGUUGUAUGAGCAAGGACUUGUCUUACAGCAGCUAAGAUGUUGUGGGGUCUUAGAAGUUGUUCGAAUCUCACGGUCUGGAUUUCCUACAAGAGUGUCUCAUCAGAAAUUUGCCAGAAGGUAUGGUUUCCUUCUGGUGGAGAACAUUGCUGAUAAAGAUCCUCUAAGUGUCUCAGUUGCGAUCCUCCAUCAGUUCAAUAUCUUGCCGGAGAUGUACCAAGUUGGCUACACGAAGUUGUUUUUCAGAACCGGCCAGAUUGGGGUUCUUGAAGAUACAAGGAACCGUACACUCCAUGGCAUUUUACGUGUACAAAGCUCUUUUAGAGGAUACCAAGCACGUUGUCACCUGAAGAAGCUUAAAAUGGGAAUUUCUAUUCUCCAGUCAUUUGUUCGUGGAGAUAAAGUAAGAAAGGAGUUUGCCGAGUUACGAAGGAGGCAUAGGGCUGCAGCUACUAUACAAAGCCAAGUUAAAAGCAAGAUUGCUAGGAAACAGUAUAAGGGCAUAACAGAAGCUUCUCUUGUGAUACAAUCAGCAAUUCGUGGUUGGUUGGUUAGAAGAUGCUCAGGGGACAUUGGAUGGUUAAAAUCUGGAGGCACUAAGACAAAUGAGUCAGGCGAGGUGCUAGUAAAGGCAUCUGUACUUUCCGACCUUCAACGCAGGGUACUCAAAUCGGAAGCUGCUCUGCGUGAGAAAGAAGAGGAGAACGACAUUCUUCAGCAGAGGCUUCAACAGUACGAGAACCGUUGGUCAGAGUACGAGACAAAGAUGAAAUCAAUGGAAGAAAUCUGGCAGAAGCAAAUGCGGUCAUUGCAAUCUAGCCUCUCCAUAGCAAAGAAAAGCCUAGCGGUCGAGGACUCUGCUAGAAACUCGGAUGCAUCGGUCAAUGCAAGCGACGCAACGGAUUGGGAUUCAAGCAGUAAUCAGUUCAAGAGUCAGGCAAGCAACGGAGGAGGGGGGAGACAACAACAACAGCCUAUGAGUGCUGGUCUUAGUGUGAUUGGACGGUUGGCGGAGGAGUUUGAACAGAGAGCUCAAGUUUUUGGUGAUGAUGCUAAGUUCUUGGUGGAAGUGAAGUCUGGUCAGGUGGAAGCAAACUUGAACCCGGAGAGAGAGCUGAGGAGGUUGAAACAGAUGUUUGAGACGUGGAAGAAGGAUUAUGGAGGGAGGUUGAGGGAAACGAAGAUGAUACUGAGCAAACUUGGGAGUGAAGAGAGUGGCGGUUCGAUGGAGAAGGUGAAGAGGAAGUGGUGGGGAAGGAGGAAUAGCACUAGGUAUUGAUUGUUCUGUGAUGGAAGUGAAGACUAUUAUUCUUACAGGCAAACUCUGGUCGUUUGCUGUUAAGGAUUUGGCUCCUUUAUUGUCUUUUUUUUUCUGGUAAUGAAAGUAGUUAAUGAUAUUUGCUAUUCAAUGUGAAGGAUCAUACAAAUGAUAACUUUUGUAAAUUACUUUUGUAGUUUUAAUAUAAUAUCCAAAGCUAAGUUUGUGAA